CUGAGUAGGAGAGGCUUUCUGAUCAGAUGGUACAGCUACAGCUCGGACUGACUGGAUAAACGACUCAAAGAUUCAACAUACCGGAGAACCCAGACAAUGGCAAAUAACACCACCGAGUUCUCCUGCCCCUCAAUUGACGACUUCCGUAACCAGGUCUAUUCCACCGCAUACUCCAUCAUCACUAUUUUGGGCCUGGUGGGUAACGGCUUUGCGCUGGUGGUGCUCAUCAGGACCUACCGCCAAUCCUCUGCGUUCCAUGUGUACAUGCUGAACCUGGCAGUGGCGGACCUGCUGUGUGUGUGCACGCUGCCUUUCCGCGUGCUCUACUAUGUGCAAAAGGGCCACUGGAUACUCGGUGACUUCCUGUGCCGCAUCAGCUCGUACGCGCUCUAUGUAAACCUCUACUGCAGCAUUUUCUUCAUGAUGGCCAUGAGCUUCACACGUUUCCUGGCCAUCGUCUUCCCCGUGCAGAACCUGCGCUUGGCCACUGAGAGGCGGGCGCGGGUCGUCUGCGCCUGCAUUUGGGUCUUCAUUUGUGGCACCAGCUCACCGUUCCUGAUGUCCGGCCAGCACUUCGACCCGAAGACCAACAAGACCAAAUGCUUUGAGCCGCCAGAGGAAUCGGGCAGCCUGAAGAAGCUGGUCGUGCUCAAUUACUUCUCACUGGUCGUGGGUUUCAUCAUACCCUUCCUAGUAAUCCUGGUUUGCUACAUUGGCAUUGUGCGGGCACUGUUGGGCAACUCGAAUGCAAAGAAGCAGCAAAACACGCGCACUAAGGCCAUCCGCAUGAUCGUAGUUGUCAUGCUGGCCUUCUUGGUCAGCUUCAUGCCUUACCAUGUGCAGCGUACCGUGCAUCUCCACUUUAAGAAGCAAGGUGCCUCGUGUGAUGAGAUCAACUACAUGCAGAAGUCGGUGGUGAUCACGCUGUGCCUGGCGGCCGCCAACUCCUGUUUCGACCCCAUGCUUUACUUCUUUUCGGGCGAGAACUUCCGUCACAGGCUCUCCACUUUCCGCAAGGCAUCGGUGAACUCCCUGAACAUGAAGCGCAACCGCAAAAUGCCACCAUCUGCCCAGCCUCUACAGAAGAGCGAGCUGGAGAAUUGAUCCAGCUCAAGCAAACUCGGGUAGGGCUGAAGAUGACAGUUCCUCCUUGAUAAACGGACGUGCAAGCAGUGAGCAAACAUGAAGUGGUUGGAUUUUAUUUGGUUUCAUAGGAAAUUUAUUCAUACGAAAUGGCAUUAACCCGGCCAUUAAGGUUGAGAAUAAUCUUAACUUGUCAUAUGAAUUCACUUGUGCAAACCACUGCUUUAGGGAAUUAGUAGUGAUGAAGAGUAGUCGUAGGGAAGAGAAGCGAUGGUUACUCAUUACAGAAACUCAGGCUCAGACUGAAGGACAAGGUAGGGUGAUCAAUGAAGUAAGCUCAGUAUUAUCAUAGUCCAAGAGGUGAAAAUGUAGCUUUCCCUUUCUGGAUAUUAAUUAGCAAAAAAAAAAAA